AUGGCAGACGACUCACGAGACACCAGCUCUCUCGCGGAAGCUGGCGACAUCCCGCGCUCCUUCAACGCCAAUCCCGAUUCGAAGAAGUCGAAACACGAGCGCGCUUCGUCACAAACCGGCAAGCUAUGGGAUGCUUUUGGAAACCCCGAAGAGCCCGCGAACGCUCUCGCAAAAGCGACAUACAAGCCCCCAGGCAAAGACCCUAAAGAUGCGUCAUACUCUGAGAUUAUCGGAUCAGUGUCUCUAUCCGAAUUCUCUACGAUUCACAAGAGACCAUGUGCCCGUGAAUCUUUAAUGACUGGAAUUGGUGUUGGAUUUGGAGUUGGCGGUCUACGUGGUGUACUGAAGGGACGCUAUUAUUUAUGGUCUGCAGGCAAUUGGGCUGUCGGCAUGUUCGCAAUCAGCUCAUUGGCCGCAUAUGAGUUCUGCCGCUACCGACGAAUCCAAGAACUGAGCGGCAUGGCAGAAGCACUCGAUUUAAUGAACCAAUUGAAAGCCAAGAAACAAAGCGAGAAGGAUCGCGCGGAGGAAGAGGCAACGUUGCGUGCGCGCCUUGCCGAGGAGGAAAGAAAGAAGAAGAGUUGGACCAACCCCUCCAACUACAAAUUCUGGUAA